AUGUCUUCAAGAAUGAAUGAAAAUGAAUUACUAGUAGCUGCUGCUUUAAGCAAAAUCACAAAUGAACAUGUCAUUACUUAUAAUGACUAUAUUACCUGUAGAUAUGGUGAUGCUAUUACAUAUAAUAAAUUAGGUCUCGAAGAAUUUCAACAAAUUUGUUUGGAUCAUUCAACUAAUUUCGCGGAUCACAUCAGACCUGAUACUCAUAAUGGAGCAACUUGUUCCCAUUGUCACGCUUUGCCCCCUUUGACCACUUUGCCACUUCUGCCCACGUUUCCCUAUUUGGUGUCAGCUUCCCUGAUCGGUGUGGUAGCAGGAAGCACUACUCGUGGGGAAUCAAGUCCUACCAACCACAAAGAAUCUGAGCCCACUAAUGGGGAAGAAACCAGACCAACUAAUAAUGAGAUGAUUAUAUUUGUAAAAUUGUUAAAUAAUAGUACAAAAUCUUUUAAAGUUUUUCCGCAGGAUACCAUUCUCAGUUUAAAACAAAAACUUGAAGCUGAAGAAAUUACUUUGAUGGGUUUGAUGGGGGAUUAUGAUUUGGUUUUUUCGGGACGUUAUUUGUUGAAUGAUCAUGGAACUUUGGCAGAUUAUAAUAUCGACAAUGAAUCUACACUUCACUUGAUUAUGAAAAUUAAAGGUGGCUCUAAUUCUAUGUCUUAUAUGGAUAAAGACCUUCUUGAUCCAGCUUAUGAUUUUGAUUUUACAAAAAGUAUUAUUGAUACUGAUAGAUUUAGAACAAUUACUGAUACUGCAUUGAAAAAGUUGCAAGAACAUCCAGAUUAUGCAAUUUUAAUUAUUUAA